AUGGAUUUUAACGCCUUAGCUCAACAAUUCACUGAUUUUUACUACAACCAAUUCGAUUCCGACAGAUCUCAAUUAGGUAACUUGUACAGAGAUGAAUCUAUGUUAACUUUCGAGACCACUCAAUUACAGGGUGCCAAGGCUAUUGUCGAAAAAUUGGUCUCUUUACCUUUCCAAAGAGUCUCCCAUAGAAUCACUACUUUAGAUGCUCAACCAGCUUCUGCUAACGGUGAUGUUCUAGUCAUGAUCACUGGUGAUUUAUUGAUUGAUGAAGAACAAAAUCCACAACGUUUCUCUCAGGUUUUCCAUUUGAUUCCAGAUGGUAACUCCUACUAUGUCUUCAAUGAUAUCUUCCGUCUAAACUAUUCCGCUUAA